UUUAAAUUGAGAAUGGGAUUAGCAGCAGACCAACAGUCGCUUAAACUUAUAUAUCUUAAUCAUAUAAUGUACAUUGUUUUGUAUGCAUGAAGGUAUUUCAACGUCGAACCGAUGGCUCUCAGGGCUUUUACUUGGGUUGGAACAAAUAUGUAAAAGGCUUUGGGGACAAGAACAACGAAUUCUGGUUCGGGUUGGAGAAACUGCAUUUGCUCACACGUACAGGGAGGUAUGAGUUACGAGUAGACCUCAGGAAUUGCACAAACUUCGCGAAAUACGCUGUGUACUCAAAUUUUCGCGUUGGUAGUUCCCCGUAUUAUCAAUUAACAAGCACUGGGUAUAGCGGCAAUGCGGGCAACGCAUUGCAGUUUCACAAUGGCCGCAAUUUCACAACCAAAGAUCAAGACAACGAUAUCCUCGAAAGAACAAAUUGUCCACGCCCCGGGUGCGACAAUUGCGCAGUGAAGCACAAAGGUGCAUGGUGGUACAGUAAAUGUCACUCCGCUAACCUUAACAGCUUUUACGAUCCUUGCGUUGUGCAAAGACCUUUUCAUGGCGUAGUCAGUUGGAAUUCGUUUAAUGGGGAAAAGCGAGGCUUACGUUUUUCGGAAAUGAAGUUCAGGCCCAUUGACUGAGACCGAAGAGAUGCGAUCACCGGUGUUAACUUGCACAAAUUUGUAAAGCUUUUUGUUAUAUUAAAGUCGGUUUAACCUUAACCAAAAACUCUAUUAUAGCCACGCAAAGUGUUAUUACAUAAAUAUAAAUAUUGUUCCAUCUCAUUUUUAAAUCUUUAUAUAGUAGGGUGGGG